GACGUCGUGAUAUUUUACUUUCAGUGCACGAAAAAGUUUAAUUCAAAAGUGGAUGAACUUAUUUGAAGUAAAAACCAGAAGUUAAAUAACUAUCGAUUUCUAUAUACCUGAACUGGCAUGAGGUAGAUAAUUAGUUUUUAAAAUUUGGAUUAUUUGUGUUCUACAUUAGCCAUGCCCAUAGUCAUACUGACACAUAGCCUUUAUGAAUAUUGAUAACUAUUUAAAAUAAGUUAUUUCUGAUCUAUCUUGUGUGCGUGAAUACAGUUAAGAGUGAUUCGCGACUUCGAAAAAAAAGUUUUGAAACAACAAAUGUUACCCUCUUUGUCUGGUGAAUGCUUUGAGUAAGCAUAAUAGAAAGUCAAGUACUCACUUUUGAAGUAGUACAACUAGAUCUAAUAAAAGUAGGAUUUUACUGCGUAUGCCAUUAGAUAAUGUGAGCCGUCAUUGGACAUUUAUUUAUAUAACAGCCCCAGCAUUUUAAGUAAGUUUUUAGCAUUGUGAAUGAAUUUGAAGACAGUAUCUUAUCACUAAAUAUCCGUGCAACUACCUCCACAUAGUGACUUUUGUUCACUAUUUUGUUGUGUAAACUUUGUUUAACAAUAUUUGUACAGAAGCCUAUAUGGUAUGUUUAUUUGACAGUAGAUCUUUAUAUAUAUAUAUAUAUAUAUGUGUGUGUAUGAAGAUAAGAACUUUUAUCAGCUCUACCAUUUACUAUCUGAGCCAUUAUGUGAGUAUAGACUUGUGUAAUACAAUCAUAUGAUAUAUAUAUAUCAGCAACUUGGGGAAAUUAAGAUUUAUUCGGUAUGAGCCAACUCCGUGAUGAAGAUCUUCAGUUGUCACAGGUUAUGCCAAAUGGUGUUGAUGAACAAGUGAGAGUCCAGUUUGGAGUUAACUCAGAUGGAAAUAUAAGAGUUAAUCUCAACAUUAAUGUUGGUACAGGACUUCAAGAACAGAGUGAAAGCAAUACAUCUUCUGUCCAACAAGAAAGUGUUGACAGUAAUGCUAAUAAUAAUGAAAGUGUAUAUGAAAUUUAUAAAAAUGGGUGGCUUAAAAAAAAUCCAACAUUUGAAAGUAGACGCAAGCCAUUUGUGAAAGUACCUAAGCCUGAAAAGUUUUGGGUCAUAUUUUGUGUUCAUGAUGAUAAGGAGCCAAAACUUGAAUUUUAUGAUAAUAGACGUAGUGCCUAUUCACAUAAGCCUAUAUUUAAUUAUGCUUUAAUGAAUUGUCUUCACAUAUCACCAUCUAUUGUAGCUAGUGAAGAAGACUAUGAAUUUGUUAUCACUUUAGAUAAGCAAGUUGUAAGGCUUGCAGCAACAUCAAGAGAACAAAUGACUGAGUGGUUAGAUACAAUAAGAGAAAAACUGAGAGACUUAGGAAUUCUUGAACCUAAAGAUAAUGUAUAUAGUAAAGAGCCACUUGUUUACCCAAAGAGACCUGUACAGAUAGUGAAUAACAGUCAAGUUCAAGUAGGUGUCAUACCCAGGCAACUAAGGGAUCCAAAUUCUCCUCUUCCACCUGUACCAAACCAAAUUGAUGAUACAGUCAUUUCUACAGAAAGUCCAGUGUUUUCAUCUCCAGUAGCUUCAGGUCUGUCAGUGUCAAGAAACAUUUUCAGCUUUGAUUUUGUGACAAGUGCAUUAUAUAAUAGAAAUGGGAGCAGUGAUAGGGUAACUAUUAAUGAAGGUUCUCACUUGAGUAGAGCCAGGAGAGAGAGAUCUACAACAGAAUCAGGAACUCCUGUUGUCAAUUCACUGAUUUAUGAGUCUGUUUUUCCAAAUUUGGCUACCUAUACUUCAUCUUCAAGAACAAACCGUUGUAGGUCAGAGAGUGAAGCCAGUGGAGAGGUAAGGAGGCCUGAAACCAGCUUCACACAUUCAAUUUCCUCUUCUGAUAACCAAGACCAUUCUGUUUCAGGAGUAAUUAACACAUUCUCUCGAUCCCCAUUAGUUUCUCGGGAGAUAUCAUCACAACAUGGUGAACCAUCGUUUAGUGGACAGUUUGCUGAAAUGGUGGAUCCUGAAAGUGAAAGUGGUUCUUCUGUUCAUGCUGUUAAUCCUCCUCCUCUAGAUGACAGGCGCCCUAUGUCCCUGAAAGAAAGUCAAGUUCUCAGACUUCAGAAGGAAAUAGCUCAUAAAGGUGGAGUUAGACUAGUGUUGAGAAAAAAAGAUUGUGUUAAUGCUCUUGCUCUAGUUGAAGUGUUUGGGAAUAUCUGGAUUGCUGGCUGGAAACAAAAAGAUCAUCCACUUUUACACAACACUUUCCACAUAGGUGACCGAGUAUUCAGUAUUGCAGGAUGCAAGGUUACAUCUGUUUCAGAAGCUCACAAGACAAUUAAACAUGAGCCACUGUCUGUAGAGUUUAUCAUUCAUAGAGUUCCAUUUGGUCAGGUGUUUGCGAUAAAGAGAGAAUUUGAUGGUCAGGAUCUGGGAUUAGUUAGAGAUGGUAAUACUGCUGAAAUUAGCGAAGUAAAGCCUAAUGGGCUUGCAGCUCAUCAUGGUCUGCCAAUCAAAGCACCAGCAGUCCAAGGAGAUGCACAGAGUAAUUGGGUUUUAACAGAAAUAAAUCAUAGACCACUGAAUCUUUUUUUCAAAAACAGUGAAAUCUAUGAUAGACUGAAUGCUGUAGGGAAGGACAUUUCAAUUCUGGUACAACCAUAUGAUUUUGUUAAGAUUAUGAAGAAGCAACUAAAGGGAUUAAGAAACUAUAAAGAAUAUAUUGUGCAGUGACAAAUAUCUUGAUUUUCAGUGAGCUUGAACAGCUCUUCUAGGAUCAUGUAAUAUCCACAAACAAAUUAGCAUCACCAGCCACCACCCUAGUUCUAUAGGGAAUUCGGAGUUACAAAACUCUCUUCACAAAAUGAGAAUUUGACUCGACUGGAUGAUAAACCAGUUGAAAUGCAUCCUCUUAAUUUGUUAUCAAUUAUUCCAAUUUUUAAGUUUGAAAAGAAAGAUGAAGAAAUGGAAGGACAAAAUGUAUGGAUAUGAUUGCAUGAUUAAUGUAUGUAAUAUUUAUGGACAAACUUUCUGAGAAGGAUUAUUUCAAUAUUUUGUAAAAUGUUUGACAAGAUAUCUGAGAAACUUUAUUUGACAAUUGUGUGAUUUGCUUACUGAGAGAUAUCAUGAUUGAAUUAUGUUAUUACUGUUUUGAAUGUUUAGAGGACGAGAUGUCCAAGGAUUAUUUGACUAUUGUGUGAAAUGUUUAAUAAAAGAGAUGUCCGUAGAGAAUUGUUUUAUUAUUGUACAGAAUGUUUAGUGGACAAGAUAUUAAAGAUUUAUUUGACUAUUGUAUGGAUUGUUUAAUGACAGAAAUGUCAGGGAAGUAUCAUUUCAUUAUUAUGUAGAAUUGUUAGUGGACAUGACAUCUGA